AUGGCUACACUGUGUGACACUAUUCCUGCUGACUUUAUCGGCAAAGCAGCCCUUCAGGAGAUUAAAGCCAAGGGCCUGAAGAGGAAGCUUUCCUACCUCACGCUGGAUACGGAUGAUAUCGACCCUGAGGGCAAUGAGACCAUCUGGUACAAUGGCAAGGUGGUCGGCAACACCACGUCCGGAGCCUACAGCUACAGCUCUCAGCAGAGCCUGGCCUUCGCCUACCUGCCUCUGGAACUGUGCUCGGUGGGCCAGAAGGUGGAGGUGGAGCUGCUGGGGAGGAAGUACCCCGCCAUGGUCAUCCAGGAGCCUUUAGUCCUCACGGAGCCCACACGGACCAGGCUGCAGAAGAAAGCAAAGGGAAAAGCAUAAAUAAGCUCAGACUGUCAGUUUCCCACCAGCUAAUGAAGAACGAUUUUACUGUGAUCAAUCAAUAAGAGUCUUAAAUGAAACAACAACAACAACAAAAAGAUGUAUGGUCCAUGUACUGAUCUGUUUGUGGCCAGUUUGUCAACUUCCUCUUCCUGUUUUGUCUCUGCAGGAGGGGGGAGUUGAGCAGUGCUAAGUGCAGCUCAUCAAUGUGUUUUUGAGCAACAGGGAAAUAGUAACCGUCCAUUUAAUGUUUUUGUGCCGCAAUGUCUUAAAGUGCUGGAAGAGUAGGCUAAUUGACGUUUUGUAAUCUAUGAAUGGAUGU